AUGAGGUUCUGUCCCACCACAGAGGAAAUAGACGGUGCUCAGGCUGGUGUACAGAUUGUUCGGUUUUGUUCAGAACAGCUUGGAUGUGUGGAUCCAGAGAGCCGCCGCUGGAAUGACAUGGCAGAACUCCUCCUCGGGGAGUCGAAGCUGGAGCAGUACCUGAAGGAGCACUCCCUGCGGCAGGGCGCCAGCCCCCGAGGCCCCUGGCCCCAGCUGACCGAGGUCCGCAAGCACCUGACCGCCGCCCUGGACCGAGGGAACCUCAAGUCAGAGCUGCUACAAGAGUCCAAUCUGAUCAUGGCCAAGCUGAACUACGUGGAAGGAGAUUAUAAGGAAGCUCUCAACAUCUACUCGAGGGUGGGCCUCGAUGACUUGCCGCUGACAGCCGUCCCUCCCUACAGGCUGCGGGUGCUGGCGGAAGCCUACGCCACCAAAGGACUUUGUUUAGAGAAGUUGCCUAUUUCCUCUUCUACCAGCAACCUCCACGCGGACAGGGAACAGGAGGUCAUCACCUGCUAUGAGAAAGCGGGGGACAUCGCGCUCCUGUACCUCCAAGAGAUAGAAAGGGUAAUACUUACUAAUAUUCAAAACAGAAGCCCUAAGCCUGGCCCUGCUCCCCACGAUCAAGAACUAGGUUUUUUCCUAGAAACAGGACUUCAGAGAGCCCAUGUCCUCUAUUUCAAAAAUGGGAUAGAUGUGCAUGAAGACCAACAGAACUUGACCAGAGGAGUGGGGAGGUUCAGAGAGCUCCUCAGAGCGGUCGAGACGAGAACAACUCAGAACCUGCGAAUGACCAUAGCGAGGCAGCUGGCGGAGAUCCUGUUACGGGGGAUGUGUGAACAGAGCUACUGGAACCCUCUGGAGGACCCGCCGUGCCAGUCGCCUCUGGACGACCCUCUCCGAAAAGGAGCCAACACAAAAACCUACAGCCUCAGCCGGAAAGCCCGCGUCUACUCAGGAGAGAACAUUUUUUGUCCUCAAGAAAAUACCGAAGAGGCCCUGUUGUUAUUGCUGAUUAGUGAAUCUAUGGCCAACCGGGACGCCGUGCUGAGCCGGAUCCCCGAGCACAGGAGCGACCGCCUCAUCAGUCUGCAGAGCGCCUCGGUGGUCUAUGACCUGCUGACCAUUGCUCUUGGGAGGAGAGGCCAGUUUGAGAUGCUGUCGGAGUGCUUAGAGAGAGCCAUGAAGUUCGCCUUCGAGGAGUUCCACCUCUGGUACCAGUUUGCUCUGUCACUCAUGGCGGCCGGAAAAUCUGCCCGUGCCGUGAAGGUGCUGAAGGAAUGCAUUCGGCUGAAGCCCGAUGACGCCACCAUCCCGCUGCUGGCCGCCAAGCUGUGCAUGGGCUCCCUUCACUGGUUGGAAGAGGCCGAGAAGUUUGCCAAAAUUGUCGUUGAUGCGGAAGAGAAAACGUCCGAGUUCAAGGCCAAAGGCUACUUAGCGCUGGGGCUCACGUACAGCCUGCAGGCCACUGACGCUUCGCUGCGAGGGAUGCAGGAGGUCCUGCAGAGAAAGGCGCUUCUUGCAUUUCAGAGGGCCCACAGUCUGUCACCUACAGAUCACCAAGCCGCUUUCUACCUCGCUCUGCAGCUCGCCAUCUCCAGACAGAUCCCGGAGGCUCUGGGGUAUGUCCGCCAGGCUCUUCAGCUUCAAGGCGAUGAUGUCAACUCCCUGCACCUGCUCGCCCUCCUGCUGUCGGCCCAGAAGCACUCCCACGACGCACUGAGCAUCGUGGACAUGGCCCUGAGCGAGUACCCGGAGAACUUCCUGCUGCUGUUCUCCAAAGUGAAGUUGGAGUCGCUGUGCCGGGGCCCGGAUGAGGCGCUGCUCACUUGCAAGCACAUGCUACAGAUAUGGAAAUCCUGCUACAACCUAACCAACCCCAGUGACUCUGGACGCGGGAGCAGCCUCUUGGAUAGAACCAUUGCGGACAGGCGGCAGCUCAAUACGAUCACCUUGCCAGACUUCAGCGACCCAGAGACAGGCUCGAUCCACGCCACAUCCGUGGCGGCCUCCCGCGUGGAGCAGGCGCUGUCCGAAGUGGCCUCGUCUCUGCAGAGCAGCACCCCCAAGCAGGGCCCGCUGCACCCCUGGAUGACACUGGCACAGAUCUGGCUCCACGCAGCUGAAGUCUACAUCGGCAUUGGGAAGCCUGCAGAAGCCACAGCCUGUACCCAGGAAGCUGCCAACCUCUUCCCCAUGUCCCACAACGUCCUGUACAUGCGAGGCCAGGUGGCCGAGCUCCGAGGAAACAUCGAUGAAGCCCGGCGGUGGUACGAGGAGGCCUUAUCCAUCAGCCCCACCCACGUGAAGAGCAUGCAGCGACUGGCCCUGAUCCUUCAUCAGCUGCGCCGCUACAGCCUCGCGGAGAAGAUACUCCGGGACGCGGUGCAGGUGAACUCCACGGCCCAUGAGGUCUGGAACGGGCUGGGCGAGGUCCUCCAGGCGCAAGGCAAUGACACAGCCGCCACCGAGUGCUUCCUGAUGGCCUUGGAGCUGGAGGCCAGCAGCCCCGCC